GGCCCACCGUCGGGUCUCAGACUAUCGCCACACGGUGUCCUACCCCUCCAGAACACUCGUGACUACCACUUCCCCGACCGCGGCUACCGCACGAUCCCCUUCCUACCCACGCGGCAGGCUAUCCUCCCCCACCGAGUCAACAUGAACACCGUGAUCAGCGCCCUCGCUCUCCUCGUCGCCGCGUGCACGUCCGUGCAUGCCGGUGUUGUGGCUGCGCCCGCGGUGGCGUACGCAGCGCCCCUGGUUCACGGCUACGCCGUGGCUCCCGUGGCCACGUCGUACGCGACCAAGACGGUGCACUCGGUUGCGCCCGUGCUGGCUGCCGCGCCCCUGAAGGUGGCCGCGCCGGCCGUCUACGCGCCCGCCGUUAAGGUGGCCGCGCCAGUGGCGUACGCUGCCCCCGUAGUGAAGGCUGUGGCCCCGGCUUACCCUGCGCUGGCCCUCGGCUACGGCCACGGCUACGGACAUGGCUACGGCCACUACGGCUACGGUGUUGCCCCCGCCUACGGCGCCAUCGCCUACGCAGCGCCCGCCGCUAAGCUCGUCGGACCAGCCUACGCGGCGGCACCUUACUACGCCGGGUACAAGCACUACUAGACCACCCCUGAAAAGCGGUGAUGACAAGUGGUUCAACUCGCCACGUAAAGCAGAAGGGUGAUAGGAAAAUGACUUCUGUUGUUUGCAGAAAAAAAAAUAAACGAGAAAAGAGCGAAAGAAAGAAAAGAAAAACAAAAUACUCGGAAUUGUGAGAUAUGUGUAAAUGUUGUAUAGAAAAGAAAAAAAAAAAAACGUUGCGUGUGAAUAAAACGUGUUCUGUGUGUGCAAAA